AACACGGCCGAGUGUCCCCUCGCAUCAUGUCCAGCAUUCAGCUGCUCAGAGCGCUCGUUAACGAGCGGCUGUCCGCGGCCGCCGAGGAGAUCUUCGAGGCGGUUAAAAAAACCAUCGCGGGCUACGAGGAGGAGAUCCUGCUCUCCAAGCGUGAGAUCCGCCGGCAGCGCAGGAUGCUGCAGACAGUUUCAAAACCUGAAAUAAAGAUAAACAAACACUCAGACCAACCACAGCUGGCUCUCUCUGUCUGGGACGAGGACUUCCCCUCCGAUCAGCAGCAGCAGGAGGCGCAGUGCGAGCUGGACUGGAGCUCCGGCCCGGACCGGGACGACCAGGAGUCUCCGCAGACUGAGAAAAGCCGGGAGGCGCUCCCCAGUAGCCAGGGGGAGGAGCAGCUUCAGGAGCUGGAGGAGGACAACCCCAUCAGGUUCAUCUUCACGCCCCCGUAUGUGAAGAACGAGCUCGACCAGCUUCAGCCCAGCUAUCAGAGUGCUAAAGGAGACGGAGGGGAUCCUCUGCCGAGCACCUCAGCUGAGCAGGAUCAGACGAAGGUGGAGGACAAUGACGGGGCUUCCUCCAGCUGUUCUGCAGCCGAACACGAGGACAGUGACGAAGAUUGGAGGGGCAGCGUGGGGUCUCAGAGCGACGACAGCGACAGCAAGGGCAAAUGGAAGAAGAAAAAGAAGAAGGGGCCUCGUCUACCGAUGGCCCCUAAACUGCAUCCGACAAAAAAAACAAAAUCGCGAAUCUGCUGUAAGGUCUGCGGGAAAGCCUUCCACGCCAACGUCUCUUUGGUGAACCACAUGGAAGUUCACCCCAAGGACGUCUGCGGCGUCUGCGGGGAACGUUGCGAGACCGAGGAGAGCUUUAAAGUUCACCUGAAAACACACGUGAAAGCUGAAAUCUGCAGCGUUUGUGGGAAAUGUUUCGGGGCGUCCAGCUCUUUGGAGACGCACAUGAGGAUCCACACGGGAGAGAAGCCGUUUAACUGCAGCGAGUGUGGGAAAUCCUUCAACUGCCGCCACAACAUGAUGCGACACAUCAGGAUACACACAGGAGAAAAGCCGUACCCCUGCUCCGUCUGCGGCAAAUGCUUCAAUGACUACUCCACGCUAAAACGCCACCUGCUGGUUCAUGUGCACAAGAAGAACCUCGACCCAAAUAAUACAUCCGCCAACGAAAAUGAAAGUGGCAACGAAAGCGAGAAGACGAUCAAGACAUCUUCACCAAAAAAGCAGCAGACCAGGACCAUAUGUGAAGUGUGCGGGAAAAUGUUCCACUCCAUGGUUUCCCUGGUGAAUCACGCCAAAAGCCACUCCACAGACCUCUGCGGCGUUUGUGGGACGCAUUUCGAUUCAGAGGAAAACUUAAAACUUCACAUGAAAACUCACAAAAACGGGAAGGUUUGUGAAGUGUGCGGCAAGUGUUUCGACAGUCAGGGAAACCUGGAGAUGCACAUGAGGAUCCACACGGGGGAGAAGCCGUUUCUCUGCAGCGAGUGUGGGAAAUCCUUCAACUGCCGGCACAACAUGAUGCGACACAUUAGGACGCACACGGGUGAGAAGCCGUACCUGUGCAACGUCUGCGGUCGGUGUUUCAGCGACCACUCCACGCUGAAACAGCACAGCAGCACGCACACCGGCGAGAAACCACACCGCUGCGAGAUCUGCGGUAAAGGCUUCCACCGAAAGACUUACGUGAGGCUUCACAUGAAAAGCCACACAACUAAAUAGUGACCGGCCUGAAAAUAUGGCGUACAUCAAGGCUUUGUACCGAAACCUUUUUUAGGUUGAAUGUGCCAAAUUCGCCAUCUUUCACCUCUCAGACCUGCAUUUUUAUCCUGACUUUUCAUGCGAUAGACUCUGAUGGUGUAAGACCCGUCUUCACACUGCCCUAAAUCAGUUGUUUAUAUAAACAAUGACAGAAACAACAAUGUGUGAUAGUAGAGGUGUUGUCCAUGGUGACCAGUCUCUGCGGGUUGCCGCCCCAAAAUUGGAAAAUGAAAAUAAUGCAAAAAAAAAAGAUCACACAGGCUUGGCUGCCCUUCAGGCUGCCUGAACAUUUGCCAGAUGAACUGAGCACCAUUUCCCAAAAGCAUCUUAAGGCUAAAAUGGCCACAGUCCCGUUUUUAGUCUGCGGGCUAAGAUCAUCUUGGAGUCAAGAUGCUUUGGGAAACUGGUUCUGGUUCAACUGCACAGUUCUGCUUUAAAGAAUAAGGCCAGAAAUAUACUGUGUUUUAGUUAUUGCUAACAAAUCCCACGAAGCAACAGUGUGUUAGUCCGUCUCUCAAUACUUCCUGAAUCUCAGCUCAGAGCUCAUUGGUUCCCACAGCAGUAACCCAGUGUGUAUUUGUGACAGCAGGACGGUGUGUGUGUGUGUGUGUGUGUGUGUGUGUGUGUGUGUGUGUGUGUGUGUG